AAAUAAAAAUAUUAUUUUUUCACUCAUUGGAUUUAAUUCUGGUAAAUAAACGCGAAAUAAUUAAUGAAAUAUGUCCGAUGAAUAUGCAUGUGUAUCAAAAAGUAAAUUGAAACUUAAAAAUGAUGGCGGAAUUAAAAAGAAAAAGAAGAAAAGUAAAGAUAAAGACAAGGAGAAAGAACGAGAAGCUCUACAACAAACACUGCAACAACAAAGUAGUGGAAGCUCCAAAGCUAAGCCAGAACGCCAGUUGACCAAAGCCGAACAGGCUUUCAAACAACAACAGGAAAAAAUGCGCAACAAACGUAUAAUGGACAAGGCCUCAACUACCCACAAGGAACGUGUGGAAAAGUUUAAUGAACAUUUGGAUUCUCUAACCGAACAUUUUGAUAUACCUAAAGUAUCAUGGACCAAAUAAUUUGUACUCGUACUAUAAUUUCUCUAGAGUUUUAUUAAGAUUUUUUCAUUUCACCUAAUUUUAAUUUUAAAAAAUAUACAUACAAUUUAAAACAAAUGGAUUAAUCUUAGUUUUAAAAUAAUAAAUAACAAAGAGCAAAACAAUGCAUCUAAACUCUGA